AUGACCAAAGAAAUUAAUGCUGGCACCAGCGUCGAAGGCUCAUCCAAAACCCUCCCCCCACAAGAGAGCAAUGCGGUUGAGAAUGUAUCCGCUGCCCACGACUCGCUGGCUGUAAGUGCGAUGGAAAUUGUGCCUGAAAGUAAGGCUUCGACCUCUGCGCCUGGGAAAGGAUUAGAGAAGGAAUUAUUGGCUCUUCGCGAUUUUGAAUCUCAGCCUAUGACCGCGACCAAUUCAACGUCCUCCAAUCGAUCGAAUAAGGAUGCUGGAGCCAACGGUAUCGGAGGUGCAGCUUACGGCACUCGAUCGCGCAAUCGAACCGGUACAUCAAGAAUCAAUUAUGCAGAGGACAAGGAGAUGGACGUGGAUAUUGAAAUUGCAGCGGCUAUGAAAGAGGGGCGCAAGGCCGCUCGGGUCAACGACUCUCGCCCUUCAACGUCUGCGGACAAUGCGCCACCGACAACUACUGCAAAGAAGGCAACCGUUUCAGAACCGGAGCCUGUCGCAACGACACAAAAUAACAAUAAGGAACCUAUCCCUGGGACCUCUACGUUCUCUGCAAAUCCAUCGGUCCCAACGACUCAGAAUUCCAAGAAAAAGAAACCUCCCGCUCAAACCGCCGCAACUGCAACUGCAUCUGCAUCUUCGACACAAAAUGUCGUACAAAAUGGUUCGUCAGUACAUACAAGUGCCCCCAGGGUCAGCAUGGCUAUGCAUGAUUCUAAUAUGUUGAGCUUCGAUGACUGUGGGGCACGUUUGAAGGAUGAGAAACUUGUAGCGGAUGAUGGCACUGUUCUAUCAGCCAAUGAUCACGUGUAUCUUGUUUGUGAACCUCCCGGUGAACCGUACUAUCUUGGCCGAAUCAUGGAAUUCUUACAUAUCAAUAAUGACGUCAAGGAGCCCAUUGAUGCACUACGACUCAACUGGUAUUACCGACCCAAAGAAAUUGGAAAGAAGGUUAGUGAUACGCGUCAAGUGUUCGCUUCCAUGCACUCCGAUAUCAGUCCUCUCACAGCUUUACGUGGAAAAUGUCAGAUCAAGCACAAGGCCGAAGUCGAGAAGCUCGAUGUCUUGAGAACGACGAAGGACAGCUUCUGGUACGAUAAACUGUACGAUCGUUACAUUCAUCGAUAUUACGAUGUUAUACCCGUUUUCCAGGUCAUAAAUGUACCUGUUUCAGUUAAGAAAGUCCUCGAUGAAAGGUGGAAAUAUAUUAUUGUGGAGGUGGGGCGUGGCAAGGAAUUUACCAGCGCCGUGAAAACCUGUAAACGUUGCUGCAGAUACAGUGCAAGCAACGAUUCUGUUGACUGUGCGGUUUGUUUGAACACCUACCACAUGAGCUGCGUGAACCCGCCAUUGUUGAAGAAACCUUCGCGCGGCUUUGCUUGGGCUUGUGGACCCUGCAGCAAGGCCCAAGAAAAGAAACUCGAGGCUCGUAACACCCCCAAUAUUACAGAUGGAAUUGUUGAAGUUGAAGACGAUGAAAUGAACGAAGAUGAAGAUGAUCUGCCCACAGCAGUGAGUGAUACACUUGAUUCGAACAGGAACACCUCGUCAGGCUCCCAGGAUGUCGAAAUGUCUAUUCACCCAGGUACAGCGGAACAGGUUCAUCAAGCAAGCCUAUGGCUCUUUCGGUACUUGGGUAUACACUGCAAAGUUGAAGAUGCACUGGAUUAUGACGAUCGUAUCUAUCCAAGGGCCAGUUCUCGGAUUGGAAAUCGUCAUCAAGCCAAUGUUACACCUUGGCAUGGUAGACCUGUGGAGUAUGUCAAGGCUGUAGAAAUAAAGAAGAAAUACAUCAAGGGAGGAAGCAGUAGCCACAGAAAGGAUGCAAAGUUAUCGAAAGAAACUAUAGCCGCAUUAGAAGCCGACAAAAUCGCUCGAGAAAAACGUCCGAUUUGGGUAAUGGAUGAGCCGAAUGGCUAUAUCAAUCGGGGUGAGGAUGCAAGUAAUGAUGAUCCCAAAAACACGGCCGCGUUGCAAUUUAAAAUUCCAGAAGUUGGCGAAGCUUCUAGCGAUUCUGAAAGGGGAACGGACGACCAAGCGUCAUCCUUGGAUGUUCCUGCGUAUGAGAAAUUGGUCAAUGAUUACAUGAUUCGUGCAAAAACGAUGGCGAAGCCGUUAGGCCUGCCUGAAUUUUCAACUAAUCUGCUCGAUGUAGCCCUACAAUUACUCUAUUCAAACAAAUUUGAUGUAGACAAAGCCCUUGAUGCACUUUCAAAAACCGACAAGAAGACAUUCAAGGAGCCAGAACUAAGUCCCACUGAGCUUAAGAAAUUCGAGGACGGUGUUACCAAAUUUGGGUCUGAGUGGCUUAGCAUUAAAAGGCAUGUGAAGACAAUGAGCCCUGCUGAUGUGGUACGAUUUUAUUAUACAUGGAAAAAGACGGAUAGGGGAAAGCAGAUAUGGGGUAAUUAUUCCGGGCGGAAAGGCAAGAAGGAGGCCAAAAGGGCAGAGGCGGCCUUGGGAAAGUUACAGGAUGACAUUGCCGACGAACAAGACGAUUCAGCUUUUGAUAACGACAAAGUUUUACAGAAGAAGAAGGGAUUCCAGUGCAAAUUUUGUUCCGUAAGAAGCUCGCAGAGAUGGAGACGAGCUCCCAACACCCCUGUGGGUGCUACUGUCCCUGAAAAUUCCAAUAGCAAAGGAGCUGCAAAGGAGAAAGGCAACCAACUUGUGUUGGCAUUAUGUCAGAGAUGUGCAGAACUUUGGCGUCGUUAUGCGAUACAGUACGAAGAUGUCGAUGAAGUAGCCAAAAAGAUGGCGGCCUCAGGAGGACGAGCUUCUAAACGGAAAAUGGAUGAAGAAUAUCUCAGAGAACUCAAAGCUGCAAAUGAAGGGUUUGGCCAAACGGAUGCUCUCCCCACUACCGCACCUGUCUCGACUGCUAGCACACCUGCACCUGCACCUCUAGUGCCAGCAGCAUCAGAACCGCCUAAGAAGAAAGUCAAAACCAAUCCAGAUACCAAAGAGGCUUCAGAUUCUACGCUUGAGAACGGUAAUAUAGUAGCACCUGCACAACCAAAGAAGAAGCCAAUAGUAGAGAAACCUCCUCCUCCUCCGCCUCCGCCUCCAGAAGUUCCCAAGCCGAAACUUCUUCCAUGUGCUGUUUGCGCCCAGUUGGAACCAUUGGGAGAUCAGCACCUUUCCUGCAAGGAUUGCAGAAUGGCUGUUCAUCGAAAUUGCUAUGGCGUUGUCGAUAACCGAAGCCCAAGCAAAUGGACCUGUGACAUGUGUCAGAACGAUAAAGAUCCCAAGGUAUCAAUUCAAUACAAAUGCAUGCUUUGUCCGAUAGAGUCUACAGAGCAUGAUUUCGUGGAACCACCCAGGAUCUCUCACAAGAAGAAAUCUGAAAAGGAGCGGGAGCGAGAUCGAGUGGAGAGAGAAAAUGCGCAGAAAGCUGCAGACUACUUUCGAAAGAAGCAGGAAGAAUACAACAAGCCUGUCAAUCCUCGCGAGCCAUUGAAGCGCACAGCUAAUAACAAUUGGGUACACGUCACCUGUGCUGUAUUUACACCCGAAGUGAAAUUCGGAGACGCGAAAGCUCUAGUUCCAUCUGAAGGGAUUCCAUCGAUCCCAUCGAGUAGGUAUGAUGAGGUUUGCAAAGCAUGUAAGAAGAAAGGCGGUGCCUGUGUAAAUUGCCAUUCAUGUCGAGCACCAGUGCACGUGGAAUGUGCGCACCAGAAUGGGUACAUUUUAGGUUUCGAUAUCGCUCCGGUAAAGGGUUCUCGCCGCGACCAGCACAAUAUUGUGAACAUCAAUGGUGAAAAUGGCGCCAUGUCUGCCGCUAUCUGGUGCAAAGAACAUGUACCAACCAAGACCAUUGUCCAUCGCAUGCACGACAUCGUUGACGAAACGGGCCUUAAUGCUUUACAACUCUAUGUACAAAAUUUCAAGCAGGCAGACUUGGCACUGACUGGCACAGUUCGUAAAGCGAACCUCGUUAAUCAAUCUACCAGAGCCGCCAGUUCUGUCAAUAUACCAGCAUCCCAACUUCGUAGGACAUCUACGGGGGCUCCUAUAUCGACUCCUACAACAAAUAGACGUGCUUCUUUAGCAUUGGUCAAAGUUGAGGAUUCACCACUCUGCACUUCAGUUUCGGUGCGUGAUACAGAAAGAACAUGUGCCACUUGUAGUGUUGACAUCAGCCCUAAAUGGUGGCCGAUGAUUGAAACUACCGUUGCAACUAGUAGUCCUGCAGCUCCCUUAAAUGCCAUACUGGAUCACGAUCCCACCAAAUCGGACAGCCCUGGACUCGCCAAUGGCCAUUUAUCUAGUGCCCCAACUGGUGAAAGAAGUGGAGUUCAUGUUGCACUCGCAGCCGCAGCUUUGGAUCAAAAUACCAAAAAGCCGGCCCCCUUACCUACGGAGUUUCAAUGCCACCAGUGUCAUUGGAAGAAAAUUCGAAAGCAACCUACACCAAUACCGACGCCUCCACCUAUGCCUAUAGCCAUGGCAAGCGAUCGCGAGGUUUCUCGACCUCCUGCGCCCCUUCCUAUUCCGACUUCUACGCCUAUGAUUGCGAAUAUUCCUCCGCCCGAGCUUGAGCGUAAUCAUACGCCGCAUCAAUACCCAUGGCCGCCCCAACCUCCAUCGUAUCCGUCCAACACCCCGUACAACAACUGGCUUCGUCGAUCCCCAGUCCCAACGAACGUCGCUGCCGUACACCAAGUCAAUGGCAAUCAUUCACCAAGGAUGCCUGGGGUUGCGCCACAACUAGGAGGGCCACCUCAUAAUCGUCAGCCUGUGCAAGGUCUACAGCCAUCCCCUCAUCAAAAUGGACGUUUACCCAACGGUUAUCCGCCCUCUCCUCAUCGACUUUCUGGACCUCCGCCCAUGCACAUGCAAAAUGGAAGCUACGGAUCAUAUGCUUCUAAUAGACCCCCUCCUCAUCAUUUAACAAAUGGCGGACCGGCUCCUCGUGCCCCGGAGCAUCCCUUCUCGCAACACAGUGCGCUGAUGCAUUCUCGUCCGUAUGGUGCACCACAUGGACCACCACAUGGACCACCACACGGACCACCACACGGUAGUCCGCAGCUCAACCGGCAAUUAAAUGGACUGCCUCCCCCACCCAAUGGCCUUCCUCCACCUAAUGGUCUUCCUCCUCCGUUGAAUGGUGUGAGACCGAAUAAUAAUCAGGUCAAUGGGGGAGCAAGCGCGAGUCCUUCACUAGCAAAUUUACUCUCUUGA